AUGGAGGUGUCGAACGGGCCUGUUGUGGACCCAACUUGCUCGUUCCCGAAGACCCCAGUAACCCCGCCAACUCCCCCCUUAUAUGCAAAUAGGGCAGUCGCUAAUAGUGAGAAACAUGAACUAAAACGAAGUUCGAGCUUGAAUACCUCAAUAGAAGAGGGAGAAAGUGUGGGAAAAUUGGCCCCGCCUAAACAACUUGGCAUAUACUUAAACUCCGCCGCCAACUCGUGGAUCGUAUCUUGGGAAACAAAUGGAAUCUACUCUACAAGAUCAUUUCCCAUCGAUAAUACCGCACCAAGUACCGCACAUUGUGAUGCUAUUAGGUUUUAUUCACAUAUAGUAUUUACAUCUGAUCAACACGCCAACCCUAAACCCACAAUAACAAAAGUGAUGCCAUUUGAUAAUGUUAACAACUUAACUAAAAGCAACAAUGUUUUGCCGCAUAUUUUAUCAGCAGGUGAUGUACGACCAAUAACAGUACCAAUAACCAACCCACAAGGCGUCUCCACACCAUAUGGCAAACCUAUUAGACAAAAUUCAGAUAAUUUGUCAAUUAAACCUUCAAUAUAUCCUGUAAUGCCCCAGACUAAUGGCAUUUUCACAAGGUUAUCAACUAGCGACUGUUCCAAACAACGAAAGCAUAUCCUUUCUAAUGAUGAAUUUGGUGGAGAAAAGGACCUAAAUCGAGCAAGGGGUGUAUAUUUUGACAAAAAUUCACAAAGGUGGUUUGGUGAACAUAAAUUCCGUGGUGUAAAAUGCGCCCAAAGUUUUUCCGUGAAAAAGCACGGAUACGAAGAGGCCCAUAAAUUGGCAGUGGAAUGGAAGCAGGCAAAGGAAAGGGAGUCUCUACUGGAUGAAUUAGGUCUCAAUAGGGUGAAGGGAAAUUGCCAGUAUUCAAACGAGUUACGCGAGUAUUACAUAAAGCACAGCAAAUUAUUCCCCAAAGUUCGCGGUGUCUGGUUCAACUCAACCCCCCACCGCAUGGGAUGGGUUGGUCAGGCCUACAAAAAAUGCAAAAGGAUUGAGAAAAUAUUCUCCGUCUCUAAGCAUGGUUUUGAACGGGCACGCGAGUUGGCAGUUAAUUUCAGAAAUUCCCAUAAACCUAGUGACAAGAAAUCCAAAAAUACGGCUGACGCCGAUAAUGGCAAAAUUGAUUAUUUAACUUAUGAAAACUCUGAGAUAUAUACAAUAUCGCCCAAAUCUCAUGAAACUAUGAAUGAAGUUGAUAGAUUGGAAACUACCUUACAAACCUCACCCAUGAAAUAUAGCACCUCCAAAAACAGCUUCAUGCGAAUGGAUAGUAUGGAGACUCAUCUUCCAGAGUCUCCAGAAGAUGAGUUUGACAUGAAUACUGAAGAUAUUGAUAAUUUGGACACUUGGGGCAAAUUUGACAACCUUUCAACUGGCAAAUUUCACAUUGCACUUAAAAAAUCAGGAGAAUAUUUUAACGAUAUUACCCCUAAUAAAUCCUUAAAUAACAAAGCUAAAUAUCAACAUAUGCUCCAAUUCUUCGAUAAUUUCCUCAAUGACAUAGAAUCCAUACUCAAACUUCAGCUCCCUUUCCCCAGCCUACCUCCCUUGCACAAGUGUUUUGAAUCACUCCAACUGCACAGGAAAAAAUUGUUCAAUGAAUACAGUGAGGCUAGCCUUUGUGAGUAUAACAAAUUGCUGGGGCAUUAUUACGAUGCAGGUUAUGUCAUGCCAUCAGAUCUCCCCAUCCCCGAACUAUACGCGUUGAUAUCGCUUAUAACUCGACAGAAAGACUUUGAACAGCUCAAUAAUUAUGAAAUAAUGCCAAAGGGAUACAAUAGAGAACUGACUAAUCAAGCAUCCGACAACUACAUGCAAGACAAGCGUGAAAAUUGCGACGAAAAAUAUAAACUUAACACUGAAAGUAUUGAUAUUAAUGCUGAUAAGAAGAAGUGCCUUGAUUUUGACAAUACAUAUGUCUAUAAAACUGGAGGAGACCCUCUUGAACUUUUAUUGAAUCUUGUCAGAACUUAA